AUGGAAACAACUAAGUAUAUCAUUGAGGAUUUAAAUGAUGAUUACUUUUCCAUAUCAGUUGAUGAAUCUCAUGAUGUGUCAUGUAAGGAGCAAAUGGCUAUUGUUUUGAGUCCUAUCAUUGAUGUACUUGAUGCUAUUGCUGUUAAUGCCCGUUUUGAAGAAAAGUGUAGGGCAAAGGGAUAUCAUAAAGCAUGUUUAACAUUUGAGGUUGUCUUCAUGUUGCACUUUAUGCGCACUGUUUUAGCAAUCACAAGUGAGCUUAAUGCAACUUUUCAAAAGAAAGAGCAAGACAUUGCAAAUGCCAUGCUACUUGUUGGAGUGGCAAACGAGCAACUGCAAAAACUAAGAGAAGAAGGUUGGGAUUCACUUAUUGAUGAGAUCAUUCGGAGAGUUGCUGAGUAUACUGUUUUACAUCACUACCAAGUUGCAAUAUGUUAUAAAAUUAUUGAUUGGCAACUUCAAGAACUCAAUAAUCGCUUUGAUGAGGAGACAACUGACUUGCUUCUUGGAAUUUCUUGUUUGAACCCAUUUGACUCUUUUUCAAGCUUUAACAUUGAAAAAAUAUUGAUAUUAGUUGAGUUGUACCUUGAUGAUUUUGAUAAACAUGCUAGCAUUGACCUCCGUUUUCAGCUUGAGAAUUAUAUUGUUGACGUCCGUGAUCAUGAUAAAAGGUUUUCCGAUCUUAAGGGACUUUGUGAUUUUUCCAAGACACUAGUAGAGACAAAGAAGCAUGGAACUUAUCCUCUCGUGUUCCGACUAGUGAAAUUUUCUUUACUUCUGCCAAUUGCUACGGCUACAGUUGAAAGAGCUUUCUUUGCGAUGAAGUUAAUUAAGACUGACUUACGAAAUCGAAUGGAUGAUGAGCUUUUCAUUGGUUGUUUGGUGCCUUAUAUAGAAAAAGAAGUAUUUAGUAAUAUUUCUAAUGAGGCUAUUAUGGAUACCUUUCAAAAGAUGAAGGAGAAUUGUAAUAAUGUACUUGUAACGAGUUUUAUUAAUAUGAUUUGA